ACAGUGUAAAGUUUAAAAUCUGGAUAAGAACGCAAUACUUAACCGCAAUCAAUAAUUCAGAAUCAAAACUUCAACAUUUUAUUUUCUAUCAACAUUUUGGUCUAGUCAGUGUGAUUUUAUCGCCAGCGUGAUUUGCACGCUUUGAAAAAGUUCCUACUUGAGAUUCGGAUGUAUUAAUAGCGGGUUAUUGAUUACUAUCUGAUUGGGUAUUACAAUAUUGAUAGAAAAGUGAUUAGUUGUUAAACAUUAAGUUAUUGUGUAUCGUGAUUUGUUCGCGGUUGAAGUUCAAUCCAGUGCGUUGAUUUUACUUUUUCUAUUGUCCAGCUCGAAGCACGAUGACGAAGACCGCCCAUAAUCAGUCGACAAGCGACGCAGCAAGCGAAUGCACACGCAUUCCAAUCGAUCCAACUUCUACUUCUACUGAAAGUACUAAAACUGAAGCAGUGGAAAUGCAAGGUGAAAUUUUGAGUCCCAAGGAUAUAAAUACAAAACAAAAUGGUUUGUCUGUCCAAAAUGGAGAAUUCAAAGCAAUUUACAAUGAUUUACAUCACGAAAAGAAAGAUUAUUCUGUUUACACUAUAGAUAAUGGUGUAGGUAAUGCAACGAAUGCAACCAGGCACAGUGCAAAGUUCAACAAGUUGCCUAAGUCAAAGCGUCCAAUUGUGGAACCAGUGAAGGAAGGAUGGUUUAAAAGUUUAUUUUAUAGUCAAGUAGGACCCAACAACAUAAAACUCUUAGUGGCAGAGUUUCUGGGCACAGGAUUAUUGUUAUUCUUAGGAUGUAUGGGUUGUUUAGGAGCACACACCGAUGUUCCUGGUUAUAUGAGUUCACUGAGUUUUGGUCUCACAGUCAUGGUCAUCAUUCAGAUGUUUGGUCACAUUUCCGGCGCACAUCUUAACCCUGCCGUGACGAUGGUAACUGUACUCAGCGGUAUUGUCGAGCUGAAAUCCGCACCAUUCUAUUUACUUGGACAAUUCGCUGGCGCCAUCUGUGGAUUGGGAGGUCUUAAACUCUUAAUGCCUUCAGACUUCAUCGCUCAGGAUUUCAUCGAUGAAAACACAAACCAAACUAUUCACAAGUUAGGAUUGUGCACGACAAAUUUAAACUCUAAUCUUACUCCUGCUCAGGGCUUUGGUAUUGAAGUUGUGAUCACAUUCAUUCUGAUCUUCGUGUGUUACGCCCUCUGGGAUAAACGCAACUCAACAAAACAGGAUUGUCCCCUGCGUUUCGGUUUCCUCAUCGCUGCUAUCGGUAUUGCCGCAGGUCCCUUCACUGGUGGCAGUAUGAACACAGCGAGGAGUUUCGCCCCUGCUCUGUUGAACAACGACUGGGAAAAUCAAUGGAUUUAUUGGAUUGGUCCGACUUUAGGAGCUUUAAUCGCGCAUUAUUUCUACAAAUUAAUUUUCUCACUGCCUGCGGAAGACUCCGAAGAAGACGAAUACGAUGAAGUAUCCUUAAAAGUAAUGAAGGACGAUGCCAAAGCUUAAUUAUUAUAAAAUGUAAAUAAAUUAAAAUUAAUACUAAGCCUGAUUUACUCCAAGAUGAAAUCAGCUUAAAUGUAGUGACUUAAUAAAUUAUUACAUAAAAUUAAAUCAAAGACAAAUUUAAAAGCAAAUGAUUUUAAAAAUAGUAAAUAGAGUAAGGUUGUAUUACGA